GUUUGUGAAGUCGUGGCCCGUUAGCAGGAAGCCGAGCAGUCGCCCGGACGCCAGAGAGGGACCCAGUCCGAGCCCCCGGCCUGCGGAGUCCGAACCGUGUGUACUGCGUGCUCAACGCUGUCCGACAGUUCCCAGCCAAACUUCGCCAACUCCGCCGCCUUUGCUGCCACCAUGCCCAAGACGAUCAGUGUGCGUGUAACCACCAUGGAUGCAGAGCUGGAGUUUGCCAUCCAGCCCAACACCACUGGCAAGCAGUUGUUUGACCAGGUGGUGAAAACUAUUGGCCUGAGGGAAGUUUGGUUCUUUGGUCUACAGUACCAGGACACUAAGGGUUUCUCCACUUGGCUGAAACUCAAUAAGAAGGUGACUGCCCAGGAUGUGCGGAAGGAAAGCCCUCUGCUCUUCAAGUUCCGGGCCAAGUUCUACCCUGAGGAUGUAUCUGAGGAAUUGAUCCAGGACAUCACCCAGCGCCUGUUCUUUCUGCAAGUGAAGGAGGGCAUUCUCAAUGAUGAUAUGUAUUGCCCGCCUGAGACUGCUGUGCUGCUGGCCUCCUAUGCUGUCCAGUCCAAAUAUGGCGACUUCAAUAAAGAGGUGCACAAGUCUGGCUACCUGGCCGGAGACAAGUUGCUGCCACAGAGAGUCCUGGAGCAGCAUAAACUCAACAAGGACCAGUGGGAGGAGCGGAUCCAGGUGUGGCAUGAAGAACACCGGGGCAUGCUCAGGGAGGAUGCUGUCCUGGAAUAUCUGAAGAUUGCUCAAGACCUGGAGAUGUAUGGUGUGAACUACUUUAGCAUCAAGAACAAGAAAGGCUCAGAGCUGUGGCUGGGGGUGGAUGCCCUGGGUCUCAACAUCUAUGAGCAGAUUGACAGACUGACUCCUAAGAUAGGCUUCCCCUGGAGUGAAAUCAGGAACAUCUCUUUCAAUGAUAAGAAAUUUGUCAUCAAGCCUAUUGACAAAAAAGCUCCGGACUUUGUCUUCUAUGCUCCCCGGCUGCGGAUUAACAAGCGGAUCUUGGCCCUGUGCAUGGGGAACCAUGAGCUGUACAUGCGCCGCCGCAAGCCUGACACCAUUGAGGUGCAGCAGAUGAAGGCACAGGCACGGGAGGAUAAGCACCAGAAACAGAUGGAGCGUGCUUUGCUGGAAAAUGAGAAGAAGAAGCGUGAGAUGGCAGAAAAAGAGAAGGAGAAGAUUGAACGGGAGAAGGAGGAAUUGAUGGAGAGGCUGAAACAGAUCGAGGAACAGACUAAGAAGGCUCAGCAAGAACUGGAAGAACAGACCCGCAGGGCCCUGGAACUUGAGCAGGAACGGAAGCGUGCCCAGAGUGAGGCCGAAAAGCUGGCCAAAGAGCGUCAGGAAGCCGAAGAGGCCAAGGAGGCCCUUCUGCAGGCCUCCCGGGACCAGAAGAAGAACCAGGAACAGCUGGCCUUGGAAAUGGCGGAGCUGACAGCUCGGAUCUCCCAGCUGGAGAUGGCCCGACAGAAGAAGGAGAAUGAGGCUGUGGAAUGGCAGCAGAAGGCCCAGAUGGUACAGGAAGACUUGGAGAAGACCCGUGCUGAGCUGAAGACUGCCAUGAGUACACCUCAUGUGGCAGAGCCUGCCGAGAAUGAGCAGGAUGAGCAGGAUGAGAAUGGGGCAGAAGCCAGUGCUGACCUGCGGGCCGACGCUAUGGCCAAGGACCGCAGUGAGGAGGAACGUACCACUGAGGCAGAGAAGAAUGAGCGUGUGCAGAAGCACCUGAAGGCCCUCACUUCAGAGCUGGCCAAUGCCCGUGAUGAGUCCAAGAAGACCACCAAUGACAUGAUCCAUGCUGAGAACAUGCGACUGGGCCGAGACAAAUACAAGACCCUGCGCCAGAUCCGGCAGGGCAACACCAAGCAGCGCAUUGAUGAGUUUGAGUCCAUGUAAUAGGCACCCAGCCUUUAGGAACCCCUCCUCCCUUUGUUCCUUGCCCCUACACUCCUACACCCUUGUCUGACUCACACUGUGCUGGAGCCACUAACUAGAGCAGCCCUGGAAUCAUGCCAAGCAUUCAGUGCAGCCAUGGGACCAAACCUAGCCCCUCAGUCCUCAUUCACUUCCUUGGGCAGAUAAAUGGCCCACUGUGGUGCCAAUGCAAUCCCCUUUGCUCUCUCUGUCCCAUUUAGUCUAGCUUGCUAGAAUAGGCCACUUCCCAAGCUCUGAGCCUCUUCCCACUUGAUUUGGCAAACACCACACUUACUGUUGUCCUACAAGAGUCAUGCGCAGAGUAGGUUGAAUGCUAGCCAACCCCCCCCCCCCC